UCACAAUACUUCAAUUUACUUGCAGCAGAGAGAGAAAGAGAUAUGGGUGUGAGAAAGAGCGAAGAAACAGAAGAACAACGGCAAAACAUGUACCUCAAGCGGCUGAAGUGCGGCGAUGACGUGGACAGGGAUAUGGAGCUGGAAUUAGCUUCACGUGAGCCUCACCGGUUGUUCCACGCGCCGGCCGCGAUGCCGACGGCGAUCGUUGUUUCCGAUGCGAUGGAAUCAGAUUUUCCGGUCAUAUACGUCAACACAAUCUUCGAAUUCUCCACCGGAUUUCGCGCCGACGAAGUCCUCGGUCGCAACUGCCGCUUCCUCCAAUACCGAGACCCACGCGCCAAGAGACGGCAUCCGUUAGUGGAUCCCGUCGUAGUUUCCGAGAUCCGGAGAUGCCUCGAGGAAGGCAUCGAGUUCCAAGGCGAGCUUCUCAACUUCAAAAAGGACGGCACGCCAAUCGUCAACAGCCUCCGCCUCAAGCCAAUCCACAGCGACGACGGCUUCGUAACUCACGUGAUAGGCAUCCAGAUAUUCUCCGAAGCCAAAGUAGACCUCAGCAGCAUCUCGUAUCCGGUGUACAAAGAAACAUAUCAACAAAAUGAGCCCUUCCAAAUCGGUGGUGAUUACAUGAAUGGAAUAUUGCCACCGCACGGCCAAUUCGAGGAAAUGUGCUAUCUACUCAACCUGUCGGACGAAGUGAUAGCUCAGAAUAUUCUGCCACGGUUAAUGCCGAGAGACGUUGCGUCGAUUGGUUCCGUCUGUAGAAGGAUCAGGCAGUUGACGAAAAACGAACACGUGAGGAAAAUGGUGUGCCAAAAUGCGUGGGGGAGGGAUGUAACGGGCGGACUUGAAUUGAUGACGGAUAAGUUAGGGUGGGGCCGUUUGGCGAGGGAGCUUACUACGCUAGAAGCAAUUUGCUGGAAGAGAUUCACGGUCCGAGGUGCGGUGGAGCCGUCGCGGUGCAACUUCAGUGCUUGUGCUGCUGGAAAUAGACUUGUUCUCUUCGGCGGUGAAGGUGCAAAUAUGCAGCCGAUGGACGAUACUUUUGUACUAAAUCUCGACUGUGUGAAUCCAGAGUGGCGGAAGGUGGUGGUCAAAGCUUCUCCACCGGGGAGGUGGGGCCACACGCUCUCGUGCCUCAACGGUUCUUGGUUGGUGGUUUUCGGUGGAUGCGGGAGACAAGGAUUGUUAAAUGACGUAUUUGUCCUCGACUUGGACGCGAAAUACCCGACUUGGAAACAAGUCUUCGGCCGGGGCCCACCAUUGCCUCGCUCGUGGCAUAGCUCGUGCACGCUCGAGGGGUCUAAGUUAGUAGUCUCGGGUGGAUGCACUGACGCGGGUGUUCUUUUGAGCGACACUUUCUUGCUGGAUUUGAAGAUGGAGAAGCCUAUCUGGAAGGAAAUAAUUUCUUUGUGGACCCCACCCGCGAGGUUAGGGCACUCACUCUCUGUGUACGGACGAACAGAGAUUUUAAUGUUCGGCGGGCUCGCGAAAACGGGGCAUUUACAGCUUCGGUCGGGGGAUGCUUACACGAUUGAUCUCGAGGAGGAGAAGCCGCUGUGGAGGCAGCUAGAGUGUGGGGGUCUGACAAGUGGCGGGGGUCAAAAUGCGGUGGUUCCGCCCCCGAGAUUGGAUCAUGUGGCGGUGACUAUGCCAUGUGGGCGGGUGAUUAUAUUCGGUGGGUCGAUAUCGGGGCUUCAUUCGCCGUCGCAGCUGUUUCUGUUGGACCCGGCGGAGGAGAAGCCGACUUGGAGGGCGGUGAAUGUGCCAGGUCAGCCGCCGAAGUUUGCGUGGGGCCACGGUACGUGCGUAGUUAUGGGGACGAGGGUUUUGGUGUUGGGAGGGCACACUGGGGAAGAGUGGAUUCUUAGUGAGUUGCAUGAGUUGUGCUUGGCUAGCAGGCAGGAUUCUGAUUUGCUGAGUCUGGGUGAAUGGUGAUUGACUGCUUUUAUGUAGUGUAUUUAUUUGUUUUACUGUUGGUUUUGAAGAUAAAAUAGCUGGCAAUUUCGAUU